UGGUGGUGUGUGAUGAAAAACGGCAGUGCCCACCACAAGGAGACUCACGGAACCAGCGGCGACAUAAGCGAGGAAACGUCUGUGGAGUGCGUGAGGGCCCCCAAUCUGCUUGAACGCGCCAAGGAAGAGAUCGAAGCUCUCGUGUCAGCUAUCCACGACAAGAUGGAGCACCAUUCCAGUCCCCGCACGAAGGAGGGUGAAUUGCACAAGGACUCCAAGGAAGCCAUUCAUGCAACCACGCAUAACAAGACCCAUGAGACCGAAACUCAUGGUACAAGCAAUGAUAUAAGCGAGGACACCCCGGUUGACAAAGUGAAAGGCCCCAAUGUGUUUGAACGUGCCAAGGAAGAGAUCGAGGCUAUCGUUGAGGCUAUCAUUCCGAAGAAGGGAUCUGAUAAGUGAGCAUGGAGCGCACAGAGGAGAUUGUGUCGUCAGUUGUUGUGAAAACUACAUGGGCAUCAUUUGCCAGAUGUCCACAGGAAGGCAUGUCUUCUGCAUUGCCAAACCCUGGAGUUGUAAGAGCUGAAUUCUUCAUUGUAUCGUCGCUGCUUGCUGUUGAGCAGAAGUUGUAUAAAGUGUGACAUGAUGUACAGUGCGCUGUUUUGUGUGGAUUUCCAAUAAGCUGUAUACGAA